AUGAACACAUUCUCCAUGUCCGCACCGGCCUCGGUGGCCGGUACAAGGACCUUGAACCGAGCGCAGAAGAGAAACGCAGCCGAAAAGAAACAAAAACGCGGAGAAAAGCGUGUUGUUGUUGCAGGCUGCGUUCGUGCGUUUCAACGACACCCGCCGACGGAGAACGGACGCGUUGACGUCGUCGGAUCGGCGGCGCGACCACGCUGGCGCCACGCCAACGCUUUGAUCGACGGCCUUGCGCACCAAGAAGCAUGGGAGUUGAUGGAUGCGGUCACGAGGUCUUGCGAGCGGUGUAGGUGUUGCGGUCGCGGUGCGGAAGAAGUGAGUAGCUGCAAGUUUGCGGAGAAAGAAAAAAAAAAUUAA